AAUAAAAAUCCAAACUCGAGAAAGAUUCUCUCACAAAACUCUCGGAGAAGAAGAAGAAGAAGAAGAGGAAAAAGGUCUUCACUCGGAGUUUAAUACUCUGCUUGGAGCCAGAGGGGUUGUUUCAAGUGACAUAUGGCGUCGCUGGCUUUGUCCUUUCCUCCCGCCGCCGCUAAAACGCCGUCGUAUUUGUCCUCGUCGUCUUCGACUUUCUUCUCCUCUUUUCUCUCGUUUACUACCUCUCAGUCUCACUCCCGAAACUCUGUCUUCGCUUCUAUUAAAUGCGAUCUUGGGAAUGGGAACCCAAGCAUCCCAAUCAUCAACGAGAGGACACUCCCAAAGUUCUUAGAAUCCGCACGGAUGGAGAAAUCAGCCAACAGAACCAACAACAACACCAGGCUCAAGCUAUUCUCCGGCACCGCGAAUCCAGCGCUCUCUCAAGAGAUCGCUUGGUACAUGGGCUUGGACCUCGGCAAGAUCAAGAUCAAGAGAUUCGCUGACGGAGAGAUCUACGUUCAGCUGGAAGAGAGCGUCAGGGGGUGCGACGUCUACUUGGUGCAGCCCACUUGCACUCCGACUAACGAGAAUCUGAUGGAGCUUUUGAUCAUGGUAGACGCUUGUAGAAGAGCGUCUGCCAAGAAAGUUACGGCUGUGAUUCCUUAUUUUGGAUAUGCCAGAGCUGACAGGAAGACACAAGGGCGUGAAUCCAUUGCUGCUAAAUUGGUUGCUAACCUUAUUACCGAAGCUGGUGCAGAUCGAGUGCUUGCUUGUGAUCUUCAUUCAGGACAGUCUAUGGGUUAUUUCGACAUUCCGGUGGAUCAUGUGUACUGCCAGCCGGUGAUACUUGAUUAUCUAGCUAGCAAGUCAAUUGCGGCAGAGGAUUUGGUAGUGGUUUCUCCUGAUGUUGGUGGAGUAGCCAGAGCACGCGCUUUUGCUAAGAAGCUAUCAGAUGCGCCACUUGCAAUUGUUGAUAAAAGGCGUUCAGGACACAAUGUUGCUGAGGUGAUGAACCUAAUUGGUGAUGUAAAAGGGAAGGUGGCAGUAAUGGUUGAUGAUAUGAUUGAUACCGCUGGAACCAUUGUGAAAGGAGCAGCUUUGUUACACCAAGAGGGUGCUCGGGAGGUAUAUGCGUGUUGCACUCACGCUGUUUUCAGCCCGCCUGCGAUAGAGAGAUUAUCAGGAGGUUUGCUUCAAGAAGUGAUAGUGACAAAUACUUUGCCAGUAGCUGAGAAGAAUUACUUCCCGCAGUUGACGAUUUUGUCGGUGGCUAAUCUUCUUGGUGAGACGAUUUGGCGUGUCCAUGAUGAUAGCUCCGUCAGCAGCAUUUUCCUUUGACGACCUCAUCUCUAUCUCAUUGCAUCAUUUGAACGUUUUUUUCUUGCUUUUGUUAGUCGGUCUAAGAGUCUGGUUUAGAAUCUGUUUACCAAGUUUUCUUGAUUUGUCUCUUUAUAGUUUAGACUUUUCUUGUUUGGUAGACAUCUCGUUAUGGAUUUUACCUUAUUGGUUUUGAGCCGAUUUUGAUUUAUGGUAUACACAAGAUUAUAAGUUGA